AUGGCCCCAUGUGGGGGGUUCUCGACCCCUCCCAUCAGCGCCUUGCGCCUGAUGCACGCCAGGCAGGAAGCCGUCUGCAUCGUGGUCACCCUCAGACCGGUAGACCCCCGGCGGGUGCUAUCCGAUUCAGCACCUGCAGCGACACGCAGCAAACCGGGGGCUCAGCCAGCCUGA